UCAGUUCAGUUGUUCCAGUUUUAGAAUUGAAUUGUGAUCAAUCCUCGUGUUUCUAAACUGUAGCUUUGAAUUUUUCAAAAAAUUAUGGCAGAAGAAAGAGUGCUUCAUCCUUUAGUUUUAUGGGCUCAGCGCAAGGAUAUAAUAUUUUUAACGAUACGUCUGGAAGACACCACUAACCCAGAGAUAAAACUUGAUGAAGAAAAGAUGUACUUUAGGUCUAAAGGUGGGCAUGACAAAAAAUUACAUGGGUUUGAGUUUAAAUUUUAUGCACCCAUUGUACCAGAGCUAUCUAAACAACAUUUUACAAGUCGGGAACUAACAUUUGUGCUCAAAAAGAAGGACAAGGAAAGUUCAUUUUGGCCUAGGCUUUUAGAAUCAAAAGAAAAGGUAACUUAUCUUAAAACUGAUUUUGACAAAUGGAAGGAUGAAGAUGAUUCUGAUGAUGAAGAUCCCUCAAAUAGUAACUUUGAAGAUAUGAUGAAGCAAAUGGGUGAUAUUGGAAUGGAUGGUGAAAUGGAUGAUGGGAAUGAACCAGACUCAGAUGACAGUGAUGAUGAGGCGAUGCCAGAUUUGGAAUAAAGACAGUCAUUUCUUUAUUUUAAUCCUUCUUGGAAGUGCAUUUUUUUGACACUGGAGUGACUUUUGUAACACAAACCAAUGUGAAGUGUUAAGACCACUUACUAUACCAAGCUAUUACACAAAAUGUGUAUUGACAAAGGAUUGAAGCUUUUAAUUCACCAAAUCACAUUACAAUAUUUACACUUAGUGCUUCUACGACCUGUAAAAUUAUUUACAGAACUAUUUUAAUUUCUUCAUGUUUUUUGUUACAUUUUAUGUUAUUCGAACUUGCACUUAAUAUUUUCUGACGAAUAAGAAAUUUCACUUCGUAA